GUAUAAAGGCUAUGCUACGGACUCAACAACUGCCUUAGUGAUAGGCCUUCUGUUCUUUAUUAUUCCAGCAAAAGCAUUGACUAAGACUUCAAAUGGAGAGAACACUGUUUUUGGUUACACUCCACUGAUUACUUGGAAGGAAUUUCAGUCAUGCAUGCCCUGGGAAAUAGCUAUUCUUGUUGGUGGCGGAUUUGCUCUGGCAGACGGCUGUGAGGUUUCAAAACUUUCUGAGUGGGUAGCAUCUAAAUUGACCCCUCUAGGAUCACUCCCCUUGUGGCUGGUUAUCCUGAUAUCAUGCCUUAUUGUCACUUCAGUGACAGAAGUAGCCAGCAAUCCAGCUACCAUUACAAUAUUUUUGCCCAUACUAUCGCCUUUGGCUGAAGCCAUUCAUGUGAACCCACUUUUCAUUUUGAUACCUGCUACCUUGUGUACUUCCUUUGCGUUCCUGCUUCCUGUGGCAAACCCAGCCAAUGCCAUUGUAUUUUCAUAUGGUCAUUUAACUAUUAUGGACAUGGUGAAGGCUGGUUUGGGCAUUAACAUCAUCGGAGUUGCUGUAGUUAUGCUUGCAAUUAUGACAUGGAUAGUACCUAUAUUUGAUCUCUAUACUUAUCCAAGUUGGGCACCAAACAUCAUUCCUUCUACAAAUAGCACUGGGCUGUAA